AAGAGAAAUGCUGGAAAGAGAAAAAAAAAUACAAGAAGUACCAUCAGAUGAACCCUCUCAAGAUCCUACUGAUGAAAGUUCUACUGACAGUGAUGAUGAUAGUGAAGAGUCAGUUUAUAGAGCAGAAGCAGAGCCUGUCAGUGAGGAUGAUUAUGAGGUGGAGGAAGAGGAGGAAGAGGAAGAAGUAAAGCCAAGGAAGAAACAGGCAAAGAAAGGGAAUUCAGUGAAGGCAAAGGUUGAAAAGGAGGAGCAAAAUAUGGUACUGUAUGAUGAAGGAAAGAUUGAAGGUAGGAGAAAAAAGAAAAUGAAAACGGAAAUGGUUCAAGCAAUAGAAACUGAUGAAGUUGAGGAAAUUCAGGAAGAUGAAUUUGAGGAAGAGAAAUCUUCAAAGAGAGGAGGACAUGUGAAGUUCAUUGCAUGGAUAAAAAAGAUGACAUCUACCCAAAAACAACAAGUUGUUGAUGUAGGGUUAGGAUCACUUCUUGACAUUAGUUUACCUCAACUUGAUCAAAAGUUCUGUAACUGGUUAUUGGGAAGUUUUGAAGAAAAUAGCCAGUGUUUUGAACUACCAAAGAAUGAAAAAAUAGAAAUUGAGGUAGAGGAUGUUAGGGUAGUUUAUGGCUUGCCUACAGGAGAAAUUCCAAUUGUUGAGCCAAAGUCUGAUAAAAUUAGUGAGGAGUAUGCAGAAUUUCUGAAGAAAUGGAGAAAAUCAUGGUCAGGAAAAACUCCAUCAGUGAGUCAGAUUGUGAAUGGAUACAUAAAUGAUAAAUUCACCAACAACAGACCACCAAGUGAACAUUUCAUUACUAACUUUUUAGCAGUGGCUGUGAAUUGCUUGAUGAAAUGUGUAUCAAACAAUCAAUGCCAUUUCAAAUUUCUUUAUUCUAUGAUGGACAAAGAAAACAUAAAAAAUUUGAAUUGGUGUCAGUUUGUAUAUGACUCACUUAUCAAAUGUCAUGUUGAUUGGAGAAAGCAGCAAGGCAAGGGGUUCUACAAAGGCCCUCUUCAAUUUCUGAUGUUGUUCUAUUUUGAUAGAGUUCAGAGGUUAGACAAAAGGCCUCCAAGAACAAUUCCUAUCAUAUCUGCAUGGAAUAGAGACAUGGUUCUUGAGAGGUUGAAGAUUGAAUUAGAAUUGGGAUUUGGGAGAGGGAAAAUUCUACCAAGGAUUGCUGCAGAAGUUGAAGAAAGUCCUAAGGUUUUUAUGGAUGAUUUUGUUUCCCUGGUAAAAACAACUUGUUCAAACCUGUCAAAGCUUUCUUCAAAAUUGGUGAAGGCAAAGGAUAUCUUCUCUGGAAAUGACUUGGUGAAAAAAGUUGAUGAAGUUUUAGGAAAGGUGGCAGCUAGGGAACCAUCAAUUCUAAGCCAAGAUGAAGAAUUCUUUGGCAGUGAGGAUUUCCUAAAUGCACUUGCACAAGCUGAGAAGAAUCUGAUGCAAGGGUCUGAAAAGCAAACAACUGAGAAGCAAAUGACUGGGAAGAAAUUAACCAAAAAGGGAAAGGAAAAAGAACAAGAAUAUGACAUCAGAAAAGCUUUCAGCUUGGGGUUGACUCCACCUUCUCCAGCCAUUGAAACAGGGCCCACCUCUUCAACACUUGGUGAUAUAAUUGAACAACCAAUAUUUCAACAAAUGCUGGAGAAAAGGAUGUGGGUAAAACUUCAGCAGCUUCAGAACAAAGAAUUGAAGAAUUUUCUAGAACUGACGCAGCAACUGGUUCAAAAUUUGAUGCUGACACUAGGUCAGAUAAUGAAGGAUUGCCUAGAACAGGAUCUGGUUCAGUGGUUGAUGCUGACCCUAGGUCAUAUGGUGGUGAAAAAAGUGAUGAUCCAAAAAACACAGUUGGAGGUGGAAAACAAAACAAGGAAGAUGUUUUUGAAAACAAAAAAUGAUGAAAAAGUGGAGGGGUAAAAUCCUGAAGACAUGUCUUACUAUUAGGGUUAUGUAAUUAGUAAGGAUAAAAUAUCUAGAUGGAACAAUUUAACUUAUGUUACUAUCGUGUUGUAACUUGAAACUGGAGUUUCUCAAACUAUUGUAUGUGUGAACAUUAUUUUGUUGAAUAUGUAAUAUGAAUGUGUGGUUUAUGUUAAAUCAAUAGGUUUAUGUUAAA